CAUAACAAUAUAUGAUUUGUCUAGACUGACUCAUUUAAUAAAUAAGACAUAUGGCAUCUAUAGGACAUAAACCACAGUCCAUAUGCUUUGAUGCAACUAGCUUUGAUGGCUGGUUAACACCAUGGACUGUACAUAACGUUAUACAGUGACAGUACUUUUUUUUCUGGAAUACAUGUAUACCUAUGCAUUCAUGCAAUUGUCAGAUUGAUCAGGCCAGGCCACUUAUUUCCAGUGUUCAGCUGUGCAGUUUUGGUUAGCAUGUGUCCAUCACAGCCUCGGCUUUCUGUUCUUGGCUGAAGACGUUGAACCUGCUGCUGUUGCUGUCCCUCCACCCUCAAUGUAUUGUGUAUCCUGAGAUGCUUUUGUGCUCACCACAGUUGUACAGGGUUACAUUUAGAUACUUUUCUGUGUAUCUACUCCCAGUUUGAGUUAUUUGAAGUGUUUCCUCACAAGCUUUUCAUUGAUGUUAAAAAAAAAGAAGACGUGUCUAUGAUUUUGCUACAAUGCUACAAUAUCAUUUCAAUAUGUUAAAAUGAGUUUCCAAAAAGUACCCGGAUGGUCUUACUAUUUUGAGUAGAUUUUAGUAGCAAAGUGACACUUUUAGCUAAUAUUGCCCACAACUCCUAGCAGGAGGGAGGAAGAGGUUUGUCAGAUAGUUAAAUAGGACGUACACUUAUAUUGCCAAACGUUUUGGGAUGUCUGCCUUUACAUGCAUAUGAACUUUGAUGGCAUCCCAUUCUUAAUCUGUAGGGUUUAGCAGGGUUUAACACCCUUUGCAGCUAUAACAGCUCUCUAAUAGCUCUCUUUUGGGAAGGCUUUCCACAAGGUUUAGGAGUGUGUUUAUGGGAAUUUUUGACCAUUCCUCUAGCAGCACAUUUUUGAGGUCAGUCACUGAUGUUGGACGAGAAGGUCUGGCUCGCAGUCUCCGCUCUAAUUCAUCCCAAAGGAGUUCUAUCAGGUUGAGGUCAGGACUGUGCAGGCCAGGCAAGUUCCUCCACACCAAACUCACUCAUCUGUGUCUUUAUGGACCUUGCUUUGUAGAAGGGUGUGCAGUCAUGUUGGAACAGGAAGGGGUCAUCCCCAAACUAUUCCCACAAAGUUAAGAGCAUAAAAUUGUCCAAAAUAUCUUGGUAUGCUGAAGCAGUAAUAGUUGCUUUCACUGGAACUAAGAGGCCAAGCCAAAUACCUGAAAAAUUACCGCACACCAUAAUCCCCCUCCACCCCAACUUUACACUUGGCAAAUGAAGUCAGGCAAGUACCGUUUUCCUGGCAACUGCCAAACUCAGACUCAGUCCAUCAGAUUGGCAGACAGAGAAGCAUGAGUCGUCACUCGAGAGAACACGUCUCUACUGCUCUACAGUCCAGUGGCCGUGUGCUUUACACCACUGCAUUCGCAUUGCACUUGGUGAUGUAUAGUAGGGCCAGGAUGCAGCUGCUCGGCCAUGAAGACCCAUUCCAUGAAGCUCUCUACUCACUGUUCUUGAGCUAAUCUGAAGGCUACACGAAGUUUGGUGCUCUGUAGAUAUUUACUCUGCAGAAAGUUGGGGACUUCUGUGCACUGUGUGCCUCAGCAUGCUCUGACCCCGCUCUGUGAUUUUACAUGGCCUACCACUUCGUGCCAGAGUUACUGCUGUUUCCAGUUGCUAGUGAGGAAAUUUCACGAAUGGACUAGACAGGUUGUAACCUAUCACAGUACCAUGCUUGAAUUCACUGAGCUCCUGAGAGUGACCCAUUCUUUCAAAAAUGUUUGUAGAAGCAGUCUGCAUGCCUAGGUGAUUGACUUUAUAUACCUGUGGCCAUGGACGUGAUUGGAACACCUGAAUUCAAUGAUUUGGAGGGGUAUCCCAAAACUUUUGGCAACAUAGUGUAUUUUAGAGAGGUGGAAAUAUAAAACGAAAGGAACAGUAAAUUAAAUGACAUAGUAUAACUUAAAUAAGGAAUAAGGAAUGUUUGAUACACACUCAGAUGUAAUGCACAUUUUCUUUACAAAAAGAGUACACUUGGUAUAUAGUAUAAGUAGGUGAAUUGGGACACAUCAAUUGUAUCUUUGUGUCUGAACAGGGAUUUGUAUAAGGCAUUUUGGCAUUAUUAGGGCAAAAACACGGUUAAAAUAUUAAGUAUUGCCCCACAUUUAUAUUAAAAACAAACACAAAAUCAGCCACUGUAUACUGCUCAGUUCAAUACCCUUUAACAAUACGCCACACUGACUGGAAAAUGACUCAUGAUUGCCCUCUACAGGCGUAAAGUGGUAUCUGCAAUCAUUAAUGGAGAAAAGGUGAGUUCGCAAAGAUUCAUUUUCGAACAGAAUCCAAAAACCCUCCCAAAAAUUAAACAAAUCAAUGAAAUGUGUAAGUGAUAGAUCUUUUUUUUUAUUAUUAUUAUUAUCCAUGAACCUUAUAUCAACAGACCAUAUAGUUGGGUUAAAGCCAUUUAACUCAAGUGACCAGUUAAAGAAGCGAUAAGCAAACAAUAAUAAAUAUUUUACUGGGAUAUUAUACGACUUUAACAAUUAACAAAUGACUAGUAAUCUGUUCUGAUGAUCAGUACUCAAAAUCAGAGCCAGAGCCAUCAUAGAGUCGACUCCUUUAGUUUAUUGAAUCGAACAACGUCAGUAGGCGUUAGUACUUAAUGAAACUGACUGACUAAAAUUUAAAGUGAUUGCGUUUAGCGCAUGCGCAACAAACUCAACGCGCUGAUUGUGUGCGCAUGCGCAACAAACAGAUUACUAGUCAUUCUUACUAGUUAGCCUGGCAAACGGUCGGUUUUGUUUUUCUGUGGUAAAGUAGCGUUGUAAGAUUUUGUAGAUUUUUUACCAAAUUGAUGUCUCGGACAGUGACUAAAAAGUGAGUCCUCAGCAAGCAUGCCACAAAAUCUGGAGGAAAGUAAGAGAUUUCCCUCCUCCAUUAACCAGUGCACAUCUCCAUCACAAGCUGUUGUCCUAAAAAGGCGUCACUUCCAGCAUGCUCUUCCGUCUGGUAGGAGUGAAAAGGCAAAAAGGUUGGCUGUGUGCUGUGUUUUCUAAUGUGUAACAAACUGCUUCAAAUGAAACAGAAACAGUCUCUCAUUGGUUUAUCCCUUGCAGAAUGAGCAGCAAUGAGAUGGGAAAUGCAAAGACAAACGAAUUACUACUCUUGAAUAAAGUUGACCCAGCUGUUAAACCUAAGAGUUCCAACUCUGAAGAACUGACAUCAUAUCUGGAUGCAAAGCAUCUGCUCAGAGUUCCACGGAAGUAUCGUAUGAGGAAUCAGUAUGGAUACCUUUUUCCAAACAAACGUAUGGCAAGGGCACCAGCCUCUGCCACACGGUUACUUGCAUCACAUAUGUCAAGGUGUAGCAAGCUUACUCUCAGUGUCAGAAGUCUUAAACUCGGAAAACUAAACAUGAUUUUCAGAGGGUCUGCCACAUUUUCAGUGGAUUAUUUUGAGAUUAUGAAAGGAGUACGAAUUGAGGCAUUAGCGCUCACCAGCUGCGAAUGGUGCAGGGGACAUAGACUGCCGGCUCUGUUUCUGCAAAUGACCGAUGCAGCAUAUUGGCAACUGAGAGAGCAGAUUGCUACGUCUACAGAUAUAACGACAUGGGAUGGGUGUCUGAGUGAGAAUCAAGAAGAAAAAUACCUCAGCAUUAUCUUUGAGAGUGUGCCAACCGUUCUGGAGGAGGCCACGCUAGAAGAAAUAUUUACCGAAAUUGGUAGACGUAAGAAAUUAAGUCACUUCUGUGUCACGCUCACAUGUGAGGAAGCCAGUGACCGACUAAUGGCACAUAAAGAUUUGCAGAAGGAGUUGUACUCGGGUCCCUUCUUUCCCGACAUUCAGAGUGACAUAACCCUGAAUGUCUCAGACAGCGAAGAAGAAGAUGACCUGAUAGAGCGUCCAUCCUCACACAUUCAGUUAACCAAAAUACUGGUCAUAUACCCACCUCCCCCAGCUAAGGGUGGCUUUUCCAUUACUGAAGAAGACCUCAACUGUCUCAACAUGGGUGAAUACCUAAAUGAUGUGAUAAUGGAUUUCUAUCUAAAAUAUUUGGUCUGUGAGAAGUUACAGAAGGAGGAUGCCAACAAGUAUCACGUGUUCAGUUCAUUCUUCUACAAGAGUCUCACUCAAACUGACCUGAAGGAGGAUAUGGACAGUACAGGUUUAUCCAUUCAAGAGAGGAGGCAUAAUCGGGUGAAAACCUGGACCAGGCAUUUGGAUCUUUUCAAGAAGGACUUCAUUUUUGUCCCGAUUAACCAGUUCGCUCACUGGUACCUGGCUGUUAUCUGCUUCCCGGGCCAAGCUUCACACUGCUCCAAUAUGGAUCCUUAUGAGAGCAAGAAGGAGGAGGACCCCAUAGUGUUUUCUCCCAGCUCAAACCCAAUGUCACUUUUCUACAGACACCAAACAUCGGAGCAGGUUUUAAAGUGGAGUGCAUGUGAAGGUGAAAUGGACGAGGGAUUCAACUUUGUUUCGGACGAUGAACUAGAUAAUGAGUAUACUGGGACCAGCAGAUGUGAAUGCAAAAUAAGUGAUCCAGCUUUUAAACGGCCCUGCAUUCUCAUUAUGGACUCACUCAACUCUGGUGGCAAACCAACAGUGGUGAAAGUACUACAAGAGUAUUUGGAGAUGGAGUGGAGAGUGAGAAAGGGCUCAUUGUGGAGUUUUGGGAAACAAGCCAUGAAUGGAUGGAGUGUGCAGGUCCCACAGCAGGAUAAUCAUACUGACUGUGGGGUUUAUGUUUUGCAGUAUGUGGAAAGCUUCAUCACCAACCCACCAAGGACUUUCUAUCCUGCCAUGGAUCUGAGGGACUGGUUUCCACAGACGCUUGUAAAGAAAAAGCGGGAAAGAAUCAAAAGGCUUAUUCUUAGACUCCACCGGCAACAGAAAGCUGACCUAGGAGAAUGAGUGCCACCUAAAGAUUCUCUUCGAUAUUGCAGAAGUAACCCCAAUUCAGACAGCUCAGCUCUCAAAUGUCUAGAAAGAUAAAAUAUUGUUUAAUGUAUUUAGACAAAGAACAAUUUAGUUUGUAAGAUUGUGAAAACAGUA